ACUAUGAAAGUUUUACUACUUUUAAUUGUGGCGGUAAUAGCCACAGCACAAGCUGUAUCUUUUUAUGAAGUUGUUAAAGAAGAAUGGACUUCGUUUAAGUUGGAACAUUCUAAAACAUACAACUCUGAAAUAGAAGAGAAGUUUAGAAUGAAGAUAUACAUGGAUAAUAAACAUAAAAUUGCUAAACAUAACAGUAAUUACGAAAAGAAAAAUGUAUCCUUUAAAUUAAAGAUGAACAAGUAUGGAGACAUGCUUCAUCAUGAAUUUGUCCAAGUAUUAAAUGGUUUUAACAGGUCUGCAAAUGAUGUAAAUCGACCAAAAUUUACCGGAGCCAUGUUUCUUGAACCAGCAAAUGUACAAAUGCCAGAUACUGUAGAUUGGAGGAAUUAUGGGGCUGUUACUCCAGUUAAAGACCAAGGUCACUGUGGUUCGUGUUGGGCAUUCUCAUCAGUAAGUUAUAUUACCGAAGAAUAAUUAUCCUCGUCAUAUAUUAUAUAAUUUAAUUAUGUUAAGUCACAUUAAUUACUGCUGAUAAUAAAUUGAAUGGAACAGUC